AUGAGAGACGGCCAGCACACGAGGGGCAGUCCUCCGCUGGUCCGGCCAGCCGAGGUCAACUGCAGGGAGCCGGGACAAACGGGCUUCUCGAACGCCGCCACGAUGGAACAGUUGGCCGGCGCCUACCUCCUCAGUCGGUCGUCAGGCCAACCGGUCGCCGAGGCAACCGAUAACAAUGGCUGGCUCGAGUCGGAGGGCUUGACAACGACGAUGACGACGGCGUCGGAUGCCGCGGAGGGUCCAAGACACGGCCAGAAUCUGACGAAACUGCGCAACGUCAUGUGCACUUGGGUCUGGCAGCACUUGGACACCGGCUACGUGCAGGGCAUGUGCGACCUGUUGGCGCCGCUGCUUGUCGUGCUCGAGGACGAGUGGCAGGCUUACGCCUGCUUCUCGCGUCUCAUGCUCUGGAUGCUGGCCAACUUCCCCACGCCGGGACCUUCGGCCUCGGGCCUGGUUUCCACGCGUUUUCUCGCCUCGGACACGGCCCGCGGAGGUCCCGGCGCCUCUCGACCCCGCCACACCAGUCUGGGCCCUGAGCAGGCCGGUGCUCGCCUCCUCGAGCCCGAGGCCCGUUCGGCUUGUCCGAGUCCCUGUGGCACCGACGAGUCGAGACCUGCCGGCGAGGCUGAUGCUGUCGCACUCGGCUGGCCACCGAGCGCUGAGGCCAUGCCUCUGCACCGUCUUCAAGGCAGCCACGAGGCGAAGAAGUCC